UUCAUCUUUUCAUAUUACAUUUCUCUGUCAAACAGGCGAAAGUGAAGCGUCAGCACCACCAAAAGUGGGGAAAAACCCCUGGAGCCUGUGCUCUGUGACAACCUCCAUGUCCUCCGUAACUCUACAGGAAGAACGGAUGUCUGAAUAUGAGGAGGAUGGCAAUGAAGAUGGCUGCAACCUCUGAAAUCACUCUGCUGCUGCUCUGCUGCUUCAUCAUCUCCACCACAGAUGCUAAGGGUAAAUGUGACCAAUACGCCACAGCAGGAGAGGACUUCACGGUGACACUGAAAAACCAUCGCCUGAGCGACAGCGAAAAACUGAAAUGGCUUAAAGAUAACACGGUAAUCGUGGAUCGAAAGCCAGCGAAGAAUGGAGUCGAGAUCAGGUUUAGCAAAGGGAGCAAGGAUGAUAUUGAUCAAAAUGGAUCCCUGAAGCUGAGGAAAAUUAACAAAGACCAAGCUGGGAAAUACACCCCCGAGGUUAUGUCAGCAGAUGGAAUAUUAGUUAAAAAUUUGGAGAGCGUAGAUUUAUGUGUAAUGGAUCGUGUCCCUGAACCUAAAGUACAGACUCAGUGUCUGUCUCAGGCUAAAGCCAAGUUUACCUGCUCUGUCAAGCCGACGUCAGAUAUUAAGUACGAGUGGCUCCUCAAUAACCAAACGAUGAAAGACCAGAAGAGUCCAGCACUGAUAUUCCCCUCAAAGAACUUGGCAACAGAUUCAUUCAGAUGCAAAGUCUCUAACCAGGUCAGCUCUUUGACCAGUGAUCCCGUCCCUGACCCCUGCUAUAAAUCCUCUUUUGUUUUCCCCAAAGAAGUGUUGGGAUAUAGUAUCUGGAUUUUUGUCGGUGGUGGAGGAGGUGUUGUUCUGGUGCUAAUAGUGGUUGUGAUUGUCUGCUGUGUCUGGGCCAAACGGAAAAAAAGCUUACAAAUUAAGGAUGAGGAGGAGCUGCGUUUGAGGUGGGGCAGUCCUCUGCAGGAGCAGGAGCAGCAGCAGCAGCAGCAACAACGUCACCAUCAGCAUUCUCAUCCUCCCAACCAUCCUCACCAUCAUCAUCAUCAGCAGCAGCCUGCCGGUUUCACCGGUCCUCGCCAGCAUCGCUCCAAACAGCAUCUCGAUCCUCAGUACCCCAGAGCCCAGAACCCUGCCUCUGGUCACCCUCAGCCCAGCCCCAGAAGACCUGCACAGGCCCCCAGACCACCUGUAAAUGGAAAUGAUGAGCAGCCUCCUCCUCUUCCUCAGCCCAGGAAGACCGGUCCCAGGACACAGAGAGUGUGACAGGACGUGAGCGUCAGAGUUUGGAAAACCUUCCUUUUCUGGUUUCACAUCCAAUUUUCUUAGUUUUUCUUUCCUUUUUUCCAAUUUCAAACUCCUUUUUUAAAGUCAUCUAGAAAAAGUAGACUUUGGUUUUGUUGUCAAACAUAAUGAUGUGUGUUGAAUUACUGUGAAAUUUUUUUUUAUCAAGUCUUUCACAUAACCUGGCCUCAAAGAAAUUGACAAAUGAUGCCAAAAAGGCAUUUACAGAUUUUUUGGUCAUUAAGACAUUAAAAAAUACACAAAAACAAUUGAAGAAAAAGCUGUAGAACCAUGUACAAUAUUUCCAUUUUUUUUAUUCAUUAUAAUAGUGUAUUUAUUUGAAAGUCAUGCUGCCUGAUAGUUAUUCCUGUGUGCGGGAGGGUUUUCUCCUCCUGCAGUCCAAAAACAUGCAAUAUGGGGAUUAGCUAAAAUUGAGUGUGAGAGUGGAUGGUUGUUUGUCUCUAUAUGUGGCCCUGUGAUGGACAGGCUGUCCAGGCCUAUCGCCCUAUGUCAGCUGAGACUGGCACAGUGCCCGCCAUGACCCUCAUGUGGAGGAUAAAGCAGUAGACAAUGUGUUGGACAAUGGAUGUUGCCUGAUCAUUUUUUCACAGAAGAUACUUAAAUUUCACAUGAUGUAAAAACCAUUUCAAGGCAAGUAUAUCAGCGAGCUAAACUUUUUGCUUGUUGCCUGGAAACAUGUGAAUUAACAUUAAGAUGCCAGGAUUUCACUGUGCCUUAAACUCAAUUUUAUUUUUUUUUCACUGUAAAAACCACAUUUUUGUAUUUUCACUGCAGCCUUUAAUGCACAUGUAAAAGUGCAAAAUUGUAUUUACUUAUCUAUGCAGUUGUUUAUGAUGUUAUUUUAUGUAUAACAUAAAUGUUAAUGUCCAGUGAAUAAUUUCCAGUACUUUUGAAAUCAAUGUGAAUAAAUGACACAUGCAAUAAUUUAAAGAAGACGUCUAUAUCUGCAGCAAUUUAUUUACAUUCUUUGUACUUUUAUUUUAAGGAUAUGUGUGUUCAAGUCAAGAUUUUAAAUAAAUUGAGCAACGUACUCUGUGACUUUUCCCCUGAAGCUGUAAC